GGGAAGAAAAUCCAGCAGACGAGAGGCUUUAAUAUUCCCAGUGAAACAUCUGGACAGCGUUAAAAACCUGCAGAGCGAGCCAAGAGCCGGAGAUGGACACUCAGGAGGGGGCGUGUCUACCCAAACUGUCCCGCGUGGCCGUGUGCGGAGGGACCCACGGGAACGAACUGUCGGGGGUCUAUUUAAUCAAAGAGCUGAUGAAGAGGAGACGGGAGGCGGACGAUGAAGAGCAGCCCAUCCUGGUGUUGUCCAACCCCAGAGCCGCGCAGCAGUGCCUCAGAUACAUAGAGGUGGAUCUGAAUCGCUGCUUCUCACACGACGCCCUGAACGCUCCGUUAUCCGACAGCGCUCCGUAUGAAGUGAUCAGGUCCCGGGAAAUCAACGCCGUGCUCGGCCCCAAAGGCAGCGCAGACUCUGUGGACUUUAUAUGUGACCUCCACAACACCACGGCCAACAUGGGGCUGUGUUUUAUCUCAUGCUCAGACUCAGACUGGAUCUCCUUGCACAUAUUUAAACAUCUACAGCUGUGUAUUCCUGAUAUUCCAAUGCGAUACCUUCAUUUCGAUCUGUCCCAUGAUGAAGCUUACUCUCUGGAUUCAGUUGGCAAACAUGGUUUCGCGAUGGAAGUCGGCCCUCAGCCUCAUGGUGUAGUGAGGUCCAACGUCUACACAACAAUGAAAACUGCCCUUGAGCUCGUGCUGCACUGGAUCCGUUUGUUUAACUGCGGAACAGUUUUUGAAGGCGGACCUGUGGAUGUGUUCACUCUGGUAAAACACGUGGAUUACCCGCGCGACUGCAGUACUCAUGAUAUAGUAGCAGCCAUUCAUCCACUACUUCAGGAUAAGGACUUCUGCCUUCUGAAUCCUGGGGACCCCGUUUUCCAGACUUUCUCAGGUGAAACUAUAACUUACAACGGGAGCGAGUCUCUCUAUCCUUUCUUCAUAAACGAAUGUGCCUACUAUGAAAAGGGCAUUGCUUUCUCUUUGUCAAGAAAGAGUCGAGUAAAUGUCCCCAGUCUCCGGGCGAAUCGGGACCAGAGCCGCUGACGGGACGCCAACAAACAAAAAAAAAAACAUCAGA